AUGAAUGCGCGUGAGUUGCAGUCCUUGUAUGCAGAUCUUAGCCAAAGACUGAAUGUCCCUGUGAGUGGACAGUUCGUUCCUGAGAGAUUGGGGCAGUCGCCACCUGAUUUGAAUGUGCCAGCUUUUGUGAGACAUCAAGGUAACACGUUACCUGGUGUUCCAGCUGAAAAUGCGAGGAGCAGUGAAGACAAAGACGUCUUUAGCCGCAGUGAGAAGUGGCUAGGGUCUCCACCUUCGCCAAAUCAUCAAGCGUGGAAAGGGCGUGAAUCCGAAGUGCUGGGCAUGAAUGCCUAUAUUCACGAGUUGGUUGCAUGGGCGAAUCAAGCAAGUGUUGAGUUUGGAAAGGAGAUCGCUCAGGCCGCGCGAUGGCCUACACAGAUUGCAUGGAACACGUUGUCUAAGAGUCAACAAGCGCGAGGAGUUCGUUUGUUUAGUGUGCUGAAGGCAGCGUUUGCAGAUCAUGGGCGGAUAACUCUUAUGAUCCAAAGCUUCGGAGAAGGGCUUGACAUUGUUGCAGUCGCCAUGCAGGGAGAUGUUUUCGGGAACUCUCUUUCGUAUAUGGGUAAUGGUUUUGAGUUGCUUAGGCAGCUUGCCAAGGAGUUUUCUUUGAGAAGUCGUGCUGAGGCUAUGAGUCUCAGGGCGAUGCUGAUGGCAAGAACGUUUCGAGCGCAAGACUCGUCAGCUCCAGUUGCUGACACAGUGCGUCAGAUUGAGGUGGCAGUGGCAAGGUUUGUGCGUUUACUUUCGUCUUUGCCUGAGAGCGCAAAGGCGUAUACGUUACAUCAUUCGCAGGGUUCGCCUGAGGCAGGUGAGGGAAUGGAUGGUCACGUCUUUGGCAUGAGUGCUAGGCCUUCUGAUGCUGGGAGCGGUGUGAAGUGCAACCGUUGUGGCAAGAAGGGGCAUCAAGUGAAUCAGUGCACGGCAGACCUUUCCAAGGUUAAGUGCUUCAAGUGCGGAGAGAUGGGCCACAUAUCUUUGAACUGUGCCAAGGGCAAGCAGGGUGAUGUUUCUCAGUCGAGUGCGAGACCUAAGGGUUCUGAUGGCAAAGGUGCUGCUGCGGCCAAGGGUCAAGAAACGGGGGUUUGGUGGUACACAGAUGCUGAUGAAUCUUUUUACACCGAGGAAGGUGAUGAGCAAGAAGCACAGCAGGUGGACUCCACUCUUGUGUUAUCUUGUGUCAUUGAGUUAACUGAUGAGCCCAAUACGCGUUUUGAAGCUGUCCUUGAAGACAGCGAGUCGGUGUCUGUUGUGCUCCAAGAGCAGUUGUGUCAACCUUUGUUGCAGUCGUUGGGUCAGUCGCUUGGAAGUGAGUUUUGGCUGCUUGACUCAGGUGCGUCAUGCUGUGUUAUCAACCAUGUGACGUUGAAGACGCUUCCGCAUGAUGAGUUGACUGCAUGUGGUUCGACGUUUAUGGCUGCGAAUGGGACUCCUGUUCGCACAAAGGAUUCAAGUGGAGCUACCAAGAAUGGUGUCUGCAAGAUUCCUGUGAUGGUGGGUGACACUCCUUACAAUAUCCUGUCAACGCGAACUCUUGGAAGGCAUGGUUGGCGUGUUGUCUUGGAUGAAGGCGUUUCUGUGUGUCAUGUGAAGUCGGGUGUUGAUAUGAUUGAUACCUGUAUUUGGUGUGACACGCCUUGGAUCCGCGUGAUUCCUCAUUCAGAAGGUGAUCUCUUGUUGCCGUCGGAUGCCUCAGUUGAUCCUGCUCCAAUUUCCUCGAUUGGACAUGUUGCAGUUGUUUCGCAGAAGACCAAGGAAGAUCUUGAAAUUCACAGAGCAAAGGGCCACAUGCCCUUCCAUCCUGAUUGCGAGCAUUGUCUGAAGUCCCGAGGUGUUACCCAACACAGGCGAAAGUCUGAGCGCGGAGUGGAAACAGAGAUUGUUGCAGAUUUUAUGUUUCUCGACUCUUCUGGAGAGACGAUCAGCGUAGCUGAGCGCCAGACAAGUAGCUCUUUCAAGGUCCUCGUCCUUCGUGAGGCCUUUUCUUCUUCUAUUGGGGCUGUGAUGAUAACUGAGAACAUUGCAAAGGACAGAGGUCUUCUUUUGAAGUGGCUUGCUGAGUUUGGGUUGUCGUCCUCACAGGCAAGCAUUGUGCUUUUGACAGAUUCCGAAGAAGCGGUGAAGUCGUUUGUUGCAGGUGCGUCGGAUAAGUACAUCUUUAUGGUGCGCAAGGCUGCGCCACAAGCUCAUGAACAGCUUGGUGGUGCGGAAAGGACAGUCCGGGUCCUUAAAGAAGGGCUAGCUACUCUGCAAAGUGAUUUUCAGUCGCUUGGUUGCGUUUUGUCGUUUCGGAGAGACUUGUUGCAGCUUGCACUUUCUUACCUGUGCAUGAGUGUGAAUUCGAAUGGCAAAGCUUUUGGCGGUGAACGCUCUCCAAAGGAGGUUGCAGUUGGUCGAAGGUUGCCAGAUACCCCUUUUGCGUUGUUUGGGUCCAAGGUGCUUGCUGAGGUCCCUGAGUCUGUGAAGGCUUUGUGCCCGAAUAUGUCGCGUUUUGAGGCGGCAGCUUUUCUUCACCCGCAAUUUGGGUCGCUUGGGAGCUUGGUGUAUGCGCAUGUGCGUGUGGGCCAGGUCUUGACGCCAAAGGUGUUUGUUGCCAAGUCGAUCAAGCUUGUGUUUCCGAUUGAGCUUGUCUUCGAGUCGGGGAUGUUUGAAGUUUUGCGUCGUCGUGGUGAGCUUGGGCCUGAGAGGCCAGAUCAUCCAGUUGCGCCUCGGAUUCUUCCGAGUUCCCAGGGUGCCUCUUUGAAGUGUCCUGUUUCCGGUCCGCCAAAGGAGUUUUUUGAGAGGUAUGGGUUCUCAGGUGAGUGCCGAGCGUGUUCUAACAUGGCACAAUUUGGGUCUAGGAAGGGCUCUUCUCACGGUCGGGCUUGCUGUUUGAGAUAUGAAGCGUGGUUGCGGUCGCAAGUUGCAACAGAUGACAGCAUGGACGUUGAAGUGCCUGUGGCUUCGGAUGCAGAGGCUAUGCGUGAAGCUCUUUCUGAGCUAGCCGAGGAUGAGUCGAGGCAAGACCGAGCUGUGGAGGAGGCUCAGGGUUCUCCUUUGCCUCCCCCGGCCAAUGGGGACGCUGCUUCGUCUGAGGCUCCAGCGAGGAUUGUGAGCGAGGCGGCCCCCAGUGGUCGUGUUUUCACGCGUGGUUGUCCUGCGUGCGAGUCUGGCAUGAAUGCUCCUGGCAUUCGUCACAAUGCUGAUUGCAAGCGAAGGAACCAACAUCUCAGUGUUAGAUUUUCUGUUUCUGGGGAGCCCGAUGAUGACGAAGCUUCAUCCAGGCGUCUGCCUGAAAAUCUUGAAGGAGCUGCUGCUCCUGAGUCUGAGGGCAUUGGGGCUCUUGAUGAGGACACUGAGAUGCCGUUUGCCGAUCCAGUGUUGACUGGAAGUGAAGGCGGAGGCAGCCUAGAGGCUGAAGAAGUGCUUCGUGGAAGCAGUGCUGUGAAACGCUCCUCUGAAGUCCCGUUGGAAGAUCUGGAGCGUGAGAUCAGGCAGGACCAAGAAAGGGUUGCUUCAGUUAUGGUUACCUUCCACAAUUGCGAAACAGGGAAUGAUGUUCACAUGCCUCUUGCGAGUUUUGUUGAGCAGGCGUUCCAGGUUUCCAAUUAUGUCCCUUUGCUUUCAGGGCUUGUGGAUUCGGUUCAGUUCGCCCCGAACUCUACGAGUGUUGUUUUGCCGUUUGGGAAAAGGUCGCAUUUGAGACUUUGGAAGCCUAGUUCCGCUGUUGAUGACUCUACCUUGGGUGAGCUUUCAGGAGAUCAGGUCAUGGAAGGCAUGGUCAAAGAAGUCAACAAUUUGAGUCACAUGGAAACUGGGGAUCUGUUGACUGCUUCAGAACUUCAGAGUCUUGAGAAGAGGUUCCCAGGUACCUUGAAGGUCAUCCCUAGUCGUUGGGUCACGACGCAGAAAACACCAACUACAGUGCGAGCUAGGAUUGUCAUCAAGGAUAUUGCUGGCAAGAACUCAGAGUCUGCAAGGGCUUUGGGCAUCUCGAGUCCUACUCCUAGUGCCGAUGCUUUGUUCACGGUUCUUGGGGUUGCAGGUUGCAGAGAUUGCGUGAUUGCAGGUGCUGAUGUAUCUCACGCUUUCAUGGCUACGCCUUUGAGAGAAAGGGAUGUGGUGAUGAGGUUUCCUCUGUCAGUGUCUUCGGUUUCAGGGGAUCCUUUGUAUCUUCACCUCAACAAAGCCCUCAAUGGGCUACGCAAGGCUUCGCAAGAAUGGAUCUACUUCGUAGGGGAGACUGUGAAGGUUUUGGGGCUUCAAAGUUGCAGCUUAGAGCCGUGUCUGUUUUCAGGCAUGCUUGAGUCAGGUCCCUGUUUGCUGUUGGUCUAUGUGGAUGAUUUUCUGUGCAUUGCGCCAACAAAGGAGGAUGCAGAUCACAUCUUUGAGGUGAUUGAGAAGAAAGUUGAACUCAAGAGAACCGGGUUGAUCAAUUCUUCCAAGGAUGGCGGUGGCACUUUGCGGUUUAUUGGUAGGGUUAUCUCCAGGAGAAAGGGGGAGUCCUCUAUCACAGUGUCUUUGCCAGAAGAUUAUUUGGAUGAGACCUUCAAGGCUUAUGGUCUUUCGGGAAAAGGUUCCUCAAGUCCUCCAGAUGUUGCGGUUCAUGUUGAGAAGCAAGAUGGGGUUCCAUUGUCUCCUGAGGCGUAUGCCAGGUUCAGGUCUGCGUUGGGGAAAGUAGCUUGGAUGACGCAGACUCGUCAGGACUUGCGUGCUUAUGUGUCAAUCUUGGCAACGCAGCAAGCCACACCCACGAAUCAUACUGAGCAUGGUCUCCGAGCCUUGCUUCGAUUUCUGAAGAACGACAUGUGCGUGGUUGUGCGGUUGCCUGCUGCGAGUGAUGUGUUGGCUCCCUCGCAACACUACCAAGGAAAGAGGCACCUUGUGUGUUUCUCUGACGCAUCGCAUGCGCCUUUGAGGUGCACGAAGCGCCGUGGAAUCAGUGGAGGAGUGUUGACACUUGAUGGCUGCGUGAUAAAGACUUUGUGUCGUCACCAACAGCUUGUGUCGCUGUCGUCUAUGGAGUCAGAGCUGUUUGCGUUGCAGUCGGUUGCUCAAGAAAUGUCGAGUCUUGGAAAGUUCAUGGCAAGGGUCUUCAUGUCGUUUCGAGAAAGCGAGGAAGUUGAAUUGCCUGGGAUACUUUACAGUGACUCAGAAAGCGCUUUGAAGCUUCUUCGCAAUUUGGACACACCCAGACAAAGCAGACAUCUUGAGAUAAGAGUCGAGUGGCUUAAAGCUCGUGUCGCAGCGGGUUCUUUGGUCCUUGCGUUUAAGAAGGGAAUCGAAAAUCCGUCAGACCUCUUGACUAAAUGUUUGGGGUCCUCGGCUUUCGGGAUACAUCGCGAAGCGUUGGGCUUUGAGUCGCUGUCGGGACCACUUGCGUCUUUGUGCAAUCAUGAGAAGAGAUUGGUGAUGGUUGAAGUGUGCUGUCGACCGCAGUCGAGUGUUCAAGGUGCAUGUCGCAGAGUCGGGAUGAGUUACGUUGGCGUGACUGAGAACAUGCAGAGUGACAGCGUGUUCAAAGAGGUGCGUCGAUAUCUUCUGAACUUUGCGUGUGACUGCGUGUUUGUGCAUGUGUCCACGCCUUGCUCUUCUGGAUCUUACUUGCGUCGGUUCUCUGGCGGGAGCUCGUCGAAGUCGGAUUGGGAAUGGUUUGAGGUGUUUCCUUGUGUGUUGAAGUACUUGAAGCUUGGGAAGCACUCGAGCUUUGAGCUGCCAUGGAACAAUGAGAUUUGGCAACAUGACUUGUGCCAGAAGGUGCUGAAGAAGGCAGGCCACACGUUCGAUGUGCCGGUGAGGUUGUGCAUGACUGGUGUGCUAAGCAUGCAAGUCUGUGGCAAGUUGGGUGGACCGAAACAGGUUUUUACACUCCGAAACUCGCUGAUGCGAUUGUUCGAGGUGCGAACUCGUGCUGCCAUGGUUCUCACGACCGAUGAACGCAGGGAGCUGCGCCGUUUGCUGGAUAAGAUGGAUUCUGCAGAUGGCUUGGCUUCGACUGCCAAUACUUCUAUGACCGAUGGGACCAAGCGUCUCAGAGAUGUGGGUGGAUAUCCAGAGGAUGGGUCUACUGCAUCAGGAUCUGCUUGCGGUGCCCAGCUGCCGAUUUCAAAGGGAAGCGCAAAGGGUGCUGUGAGCACUCCCAAGUGUUAUGAAGACCUCGUCGAUGCAUUCGAGGGGGAAGAGUUUGGGGAUAGCGACAAUGUGAUUGUCGUGAGCUAUGCAGGUACUGAGGUCACCUCGGUGCCACUUCCAAGUAAUCUAUCUAUGGAGGAUUGGGGUCGGACAAUCUGCGAUCUGCCAAAGGUCCAGAAGAAUAAGAUGUGGUUUAAGAAGUCCUAUGCGACCUUGGUCAAGCUUGCCAAGGAGGAUAGCGACCUUGCAAGCUACCUCAAUUGGAUCAAGGAGAAAUUUGGUCGCAAUUAUGAUCCGACGACCUCCUCCAGUCAGUCCUCGGACCUUGCGGGGUAUUUGAUGAGGAUUGGUUUUUCAAAGCAGAAGGGAUUCCAGCGCAAGUUGGCGGAGGAGUAA